AUGUCGGCUGACGAAUGUCACGGAAUGGAGCAGGUCGAUUUUGUGACUUUGGGCAUGUUCAUCAUUGACGACAUCUACCCGCCCCCCUCAGCACAGGACCAGACGCCCCAGAAGGACAUUAUAGGCGGUGCCGGCACCUACUCAGCCAUCGGCGCCAGGCUCUUCUCACCACCCCCGACCUCUUCAAAGACCGUAGGCUGGAUUAUAGACGCCGGUACCGACUUCCCCUCGGACGUCCGCAGCACAAUCUCCUCCUGGCAAACCAGCGCUUUGAUCCGACCACGAGACGGACUAACAACUCGAGGCUGGAACGGCUAUGGCGAGAACGAGCACAGAGCUUUCAAGUACCUGACCGAGAAGAAGAGACUUGAAGCGGAAGAUCUGACGCCCGCACUGUUGAAGUCGAAGAGUUUUCAUUUGAUCUGUAGUCCUUCACGGUGUAUGACGAUGAUCAAGCAAAUACUCGCCAGACGACACGUGACGUUCGGCGAGGACGAAGCAAGACCCUUGGUGAUCUGGGAACCAGUACCCGACCUCUGCACGCCCGAGGAAUUCAACAACACGCUCGAAGCGCUAGAGUACGUGGACGUCAUAAGUCCCAACCACGAAGAACUAGCCGCUCUAUUCGGGUACAAGCAUCCCACUACCGGCGUGGACAAAGCCGCAGUCCAGGAACACGCCGAAUAUCUCCUCGCUUACCGCAUCGGGCCCGAAGGCAAAGGCGCAGUCGUGAUUCGAGCGGGAAAGGAAGGCUGUUUCAUCCUGUCCAAGCAAGCCGAGCAGUGGCUACCCGCCUACCACCAAUCCUCAUCCCAAGUCAUCGAUCCCACAGGCGGCGGUAAUGGUUUUCUGGGUGGACUAGCUAUCGGGCUCGUACGGACGGAGGGUGAUGUCCUCGAGGCGGCACGUAUGGGAAGUGUAGCUGCUAGUUACUGUAUUGAGCAAGUCGGUAUGCCUGUGCUAACAACACCACACAACGCGGGCACGAACGAACAAGAACGAUGGAAUGGGUCCGAUGUCAACGAGCGACUAGCAGAAUUUCGAGAGCGGACACGAUGA